AUGGAUUGUGAUGUCAUGCGUAUUCCGGGAAAUCUCUAUACCCCUCCUAUGUAAAUUUUCCGGUCUUGAAAAGCAGAAAAUCGUAAAAUGGUCGUAAACAUCCCUAAAAAUCGGUGACAACGUGGUAAAGUGACUACGUGAAGAAAUGGUCAUGACAUAACCAGAUGUGUUGCGCUAGAUUCUCCUUAAAACUCAACAAUCGAAACCAAAACAUGAAAGAGCGGCUCGCCCUGUCAAUUUUCCAAAAGCUCUUUACCUCACAGUGUGCAGUUUACAAUAACGAAAAGUCGAAAAAUGAUAUCAUUGCCCGAGAUGCUCCAAAUGCUCUAAAUAGCGAUUCAAUUCUUAUAUAACCUCAAAACUAUUUUGACAGACUGUUGGAAAUUCACCCCGUUAUUUAUAAAAAAUGACACCUAAUAUUUUAAAAAGCAGUUUGGAGAAUGCUUCUUUUAGUAUUAUAUUCCAGAUAGUAUGUCGCGGCGUAACAUUCCUGUUAAAUGCCUUUACGGUGCGACAUGUAGGUCAGGACGUACUGGGAGUAAUGAACGUUCGAUUGUUAUUGCUAGAAUCGAUAAUUCUAUCUAUGUUAAAAGAACCAUUUUUCAAAGCUUGUUUGACGAAUACAGCUGAGCACAAUUGGGCUCAAGUUGUGAAUCUAUUAUGGCUGACAGUACCACUGUGUAGCCUUUUUUCGCUUUUUCUCGGAUAUAUCUGGCUUUCCGUUUUGACAACAGACGAAGAAUUGCCAGCAUAUUACACAUUUGCUGUUUGGGCAGUCGCAGCAUCUUGUGUGAUUGAAUUAUCUUCGCUUGUUGUUCAACUAGUUUCCAGUGCAUUUCUAUUCGUGAGAUUAAGAAUAGUUCUAGAUUCAAUUAUGAUCGCAAUUCGAACUCUGACAUUCGUUUGCUUCAUAAUUUACAAUCCAGAAUACGCAUUACUGGCAUUUGGAGUAGCCCAGUUAGUGGCAGCAAUAUUUUACACUACGAGUCACUAUCUCUACUUCCAAUAUUAUAUUAAAAGUUUGAGAAAAGAAAAAAGUAAGUUGAGGAGGAGGAUGUCCGUGAAUGAAAAUGAAGAAGAGUACGUCUUAUCUGAAUUCCCAUUCAGAGAUUUAAAGGACUUUUUACCUGGUCAUCUUGAGAAUAACGAAAGUGAUGCGUUUGGGAAACUGCGCGGACUCACAUGGAGCUUUUUCCUGCAAAGCAUUUUGAAAUUAAUAUUAACCGAGGGCGAAAGACUGAUCAUGACCAUGUCUUCUCUACUCACAUUUAAACAGCAGGGAGCAUAUGAACUAGUCAAUAACUUGGGCUCCUUAGCAGCUAGAUUUAUUUUUCGUCCCAUCGAGGACAGUUCUUAUUUCUACUUUACUCAAAUGGUCAAGCGAGAUAAAUCAUUAAACGAGCAACAUCCAGGAAAAGUACAAGAAAGCGUCAACGUUUUGAUGCAUCUUUGCUCUACAGUCGCCUCCAUAGGUUUGAUCGUGUUAGUCUUUGGCCAAUCCUAUUCGUCGCUAUUACUCUGGCUGUAUGGCGGUUCUAAAUUAAUUGAUGAAUCGUUGCCCGUUUUCUUACUGAGGACGCACUGCUUGGCCGUUUUUUUAUUAGGAAUUAAUGGAGUUACAGAGUGCUAUACAAAUGCUACUGCUGACAGUAAAACUAUCAAUAAGAACAGCAGUUACAUGAUUGGGGAAUCAAUCAUUUUCGUGGUUGUUUCCUGCGCCUUUGUCAAUUGGUUCGGGCCAGUAGGAUUUAUAUUCGGCAACUGUGUCAAUAUGGGACUGAGAAUUAUUCUCUCGAUUUCAUUCAUUAAUAAGAGGCACGCAGAGACAAAUUAUCGUCCGCUUCGUGGUCUCGUCCCGAAACCAGUUUUCAGCGGCUCUUUAAUUUUAGCUGCAUUAGUCACCAACGUUUCGCAAGCUUACUUCUUCCCGGAUGCAAAACUAUUCCACUUUAUUAUAGGGGUAAUUAUGUUUGUAUUAGUAAUGUUGUCUUGGGCCUACGAGCACCAAGAUUUAAUUCUUCUGGCCGUCAACAAGUGGUACGACAGAAGAAAUGGUCGUCGAAAGAGUGAAUGACCGUAAACCAAAUUUUUGGGUCGGGAAUUUCCUACUGCAUUGUAUCACAAAAUUCCAUACAAAAAAAAUUACAAAAGCACCACGUGUAUACUUGUCGAAUAGUAAUAAUUAUAUUUAUUUUAUAUAAA